AUGACUGCAGUCCUGACCGACGGCGUCCAACUCGAAACGCUUCUUGCCACCGUCUUCCACGCGCGACUUGGUGCCUCAUCUCACUUGAAUGUCCUUCGACAGUCUGGUGGCAACGACGGUGUACAUCUCGCGAUCGGGCCUCGCUGCGGUUCCCUUGGCGGUUCGUUCGCGGAUGUGAGCGCUGGAGUUGUACUCAGCAACUACAGAACUAUCGUCGCGUUCGGCGACUCGUACACAGAUGGCGGUAAACAUGAUGGUUCACCUUUAGACCCUCCCGUUCUCGUCCCGCCCGAUGUACUAGCUGGUGGUAGGUCCACGAACGGCCUUGUCUGGGUGGAACAUCUGGCGAACGAUGUCAGCGCUACGAUCAAAGACUAUGCCAUCGCUGGAGCGUGUACAGACUUGAGUCUAUGGCCUAGCAACCCCAGGAAAGUGGACUUCUUGAUGGAGAUGGACACGUUCUUAGGCCAGAAUAACAACCUCGACCCAGAUACAACGUUGUACGCGAUAUUCUUCGGCAUCAACGAUUUUGGUGAUUAUAACAGCGAUGGCAACCAUAUGCCCCAGGCUGCCCAGGUCGUCCUUGACCAAAUUCGAAUUCUUUCCUCUCCGCCUACCAACGGUCGUUCAUUCCUUGUCGCUGACGUCUAUGGGCUCCAGGUCCACUCCACGGACGGAGAACUCUGGAAACAGCAGAUAUUCGACGGCCUUUCCCAGUUCCACGCGAACAACGGGCUGAACGUAGCGUUCAUCGACUUUUCCAGAAUUUGGGAUGCCGUCCUCAACCCACAGGUUCCACCAGGUUUCAGAGCGUUCGGGUUUACCAGCACAGAUCCCUGUUGCGCCGUUUCGCAGUGUACUGUCUCGGGGGAGUGUGCCGACCCGGAUCACGCCUUUUAUUGGCUCGUCAACCAUCCCUCCAAGGAGACUCAUCGCAUCAUGGCAGACUACGUUGAAGAAGUGUUGGAUAAUUGCGCGGUGUAG